AUAGUUCGCACUGCGCAGUGAGCCUAGAGGUUAUAUUUAGUGGCAGUCGUACUUCUACUAGGAGGGAUUGUCGCGAACAGACAAAGUGGACCCAUAAAUGAGUUUGUGUCUAUUUUUACAAGGAUACGGCUGAUUCCCUAUAGUACGGUUGAUGUAUUAUUCCGCCUUACCUGAGCCAGAGCAACGACGAUAAGCGAAAGUAUUUGGAACACCUUGGAAUUAUUACAUUAUUUGAACCAUGGCGAUGAGCGGUGUUGCGGUGAACGAGGAGUGUGUGACGGUGUUCGAGAACCUGAAGAUGGGCCGUCAGUUCCUCUACAUAAUCUACAGGGUCACCGACGACCUCCGAACGAUCAAGGUGGAAGAAAUCGGUUCCCACUACCAAACAUACGAAGACUUUGUACAGAGACUGAAAGAUGCUGAGUCCAAGAGGCAAUGCCGGUAUGCAGUGUUCGAUGUCAAGUUCUACCAGAACGCCAUGCCACAACAGAGGCUGGCAUUCUUCCUCUGGAGUCCGGACACGGCCACCACCCAACAGAAGAUGUUGUAUUCCUCCAGUAAAAUGACAUUGUUGAAGAAGUUGGAGGGCAUCCCAGUUGUACUCCAAUGCAACGACGAAGACGACCUUUCUAUGUGCAACGUUCUAGACAGAUGCAUCAGCAAGUAUAAAUGAUCAAAACCAUCUCAUCGUAUUUCUAAAGUGGCGCUGACCAAGAGUUGGACGCGUUGCCAUGGUAGCUCGCACGUGACACAACACAAUAUUACACUGUCAUUGUCACAAUCUUAAGUGACGUGUGCACCAUGGAGUGUUUCGGAUUUCGAUGAUUCCCAGGUGUAUCGGAACCGGUAGUGACGUCAGCAACAUUCAGACAUCUAGGAAUAUACAUGUACCCAAUAGCCCGCGCACAACUGUAGUGGAUACGACAUUCCAAUUACGUCAGCUUCUUAGUCAGCUUACAAUGUGUAUGCAAGGAUUGCUUUCCUGGAGCCAACAGGCCAUUCUCAAAGAUGGCACACAUAGACACCAAUGGAGCGAGUACAGAGCUAGAACAGAGCUUAAACAGAGCACAUACGUCAAACGCUGAUCCAGCUUCUACUUGGAAAAGGAUGGGUGAAUUUUGUGAAGCCGAGAGAUGGAUCUAAUUAUCCGCGAUGCAAAUUACGAAGUGUGUUUGAUAAACCUGUUCUUUGUGUUGAAAAUCACCAUAUGGAUUUGUCGUAGUGUUGUCAUGCGUUACAAUUAGAAUGCCCUGUCACCUAUAAAACUGUGAAUUGUAUGAAUAAUGAGCAUGCGUCAAAAUGAGGGUUGGGGUACGUAUCCUCUGGGACACUCCGGGUUCCGUUUAUAUAAAAAGAACAAGUCAUGGAAGGAACUUGAACUAAACUAGUGCAUGGUGCCAAUUCAAUACACGCCAGCUGAACGGUCGCGAGUUCGCAGGAAUACAGGUGUGAACCAGAACAGAUUCUUACCAGGGGUCUUCGCCACCGUCACCUGCACCUGCGUAAAAGACCUUGGACUGAAACACGUUUGGCACCAGUAGGCCACGACGUUGCAUCAUGGGCAAUACUCGUACAUGGAUACUAAGGCGUAAAUAGAAGAGCUUGCAUAUUGCUUAAAUGACUGUGUAUGGCAAGGUUCCACAAACCGGUCUUCGGAGAGCAACGCUUGUCCAAGAUGGGCCUUAUGACGACUGAAUUUAGGGGCUGACCAAGCAUAAAAAAUCUCAAACCACCCAAACCCUCUCCCCACACAACCCCACGCCACCCAAUGAAUACUGAAUACUUAUAGUCACACCCUUUAUUUAGAAAUGCCUGAUAGUUACCGGGGAUCGUCAGGCAACAUUGGCUAUUUAUCUAGGUAGAUGUGUGUAUCCUUAGCUGCAUACGACGUAUAACUGGCUGUCCGUUUCUGUGGCCAGAACGGGCAAGUGGUAUUUCCAAAGUCGCCUGCCAGGAAGUUGUCUGCACCGAAUCGUACUGGUGUUGUGGAACGAAGAUAUGUUACACUUUGUCAAUGGUGGUAUCUGUGUAAAUGUUGGAGUGCUCUCCCAUAAUCAUAUGUUGUGUAAAUUAUAUAUACAGGUAAAGAUGUUGUGAGCUUAGACACAUGCUGUUGUAUAUCUGGAACUACUCCACUCAAAAGCUUCGAUUCUGAGCAUUAGAACUACACACGGCGUCUUUUCAAGAUGUCAUAUGAUAUACUAAAUAACAUUUAAAUAUUCGAGGACAAGACGUCACUGACAACAUAUUUAGUUGUCAUGGUAGCAUCAUUUUAAGUCGUGAAAGGAUAUCGUGAAUUUGCACAUGGUCACAGAGCAUCAGCUAUUUAUCACUGCGGUCUCCCAAAAUCAGGCGUUUUGAUACCGUGUGAACGUCCCCGUAGGAGAUCACGUCAGGUGAAUUCAGCUUUUCGUUCUUCAUCUCGAUUCUGAAAUUCUAAAUUGUAGAAAAACCUCACAACACAUAAUUAUUCUUUUGAUGGCAUUCCCUUCCCGGCGUAGAUGUCAUGGCGUCCAUCAACGACACGGUGUAUAAACUAUUUACAACAAUACGAUGGUAAUGCCUUAUUUAUCAACAUUCGGAACUUGUCGUUUUAGUUGAUGGUGGAUACAAGAUUGGUUACACUGGUUUGGUCAGUCGUAGCGUGAGUAUAGAAAUCUCGACCCUGAUUGGGUGAUUGUUCAUGUGCAUGACGGAUGUUAAUGGGAUUUACUGUCUGAUCCCUUGCAAGGUGAACACACACAGGUAUAAGGCCUUCCGUUAAUCUAGAAUGAACAGUUGUAUGUUUCUCAAAAUGCAUACUUACAUGAUGACUGUCUUUUCUCGCUUCCAUGAAAAGGCUUCAAAAGAAACGAAUUGAUACAAUUAUACACAUAUCUUAACUAACUGAUACAUAAAUAAAUAGAUGCAGUGUAUUCCGACUCGCGGAUUCAUAUAUGAUAGGGCGUUGGAUGUUGUUUUGUAAUUGGUUUGUCUUAUACUAUAUCAAAAUCAGUAUCUUGAAUUGUUUUACAAUUCUUCCGCAACUUUUGACAAUUCCUUUGGUAUUAUACGGUUAUGAGUUUAAAAGUCUGUAAUGCUUACAUUGACACGGCCAAUGGCGGGCAUUAGUUCAACACUUUAGACACUAAUAAUGUAUUCGGAGAAAACGUCAAAACCCAUUGGGUGCAGUGUCAAUGUAGAGAGGCAAGCCUAAUGUCCAGAAACGCCUGGAGUGAGGAAAAAAAUAUAUAUCAUAUCCAUCUGCACAGCAUUAUCACAAAUAGUUCAUGUGCAUAGAUCGAUGAAUAUUAUUUAGUUGUUUACUGUGUCCGCUCUAUGUAACGUGUGUCCAGUGUGCUAUCAUGGACGUUAGUAGCUGCUGUUGUGUCAAUUGCAGCUGUAACGAAACAGUCGUCGACUUUGCGAAAUGAAGUCACGCUGAAAAUCAGAUAUAUCUUUGCCAUUUAUUAAUUAACGAAAAUUCUUGACAUUUGUUUUCCUUUAGAACAAGUACUAUGUUUUGUAUAUUUUGCCCUGUUCAUAAUAUGGAGAUCACUGUCAGUGCAGAGAGUGCUGCAGUCGAACUGGGUCACCGCCGUUUUAUGCAAUUUUAUUUUGAUGUUGUAUGGGCAUUUCUGGAUAUAGUAUUAACAUGAUUAAAGCGAACUAACGAAGUGCUUAGUGACUGGUGAAAGACGUAACUGCAUGUAGAGUCCCUCUAUACCCCGUGCCCCUCCCCUUCUGUGUUAUGUAUAUGAUAAGAUGUGAAGCGUAUUGUUUUUUAACAUGUGCCAGUUGGAUGUUAUGCUUCAAUUUAUAGAACGACAUUUUACCAAUGUUUGACAUAUUUUGUACAUCAUUUUCUUUUGAAUACAUGCGUCAUUAUCCUCACA